AUGAACGAAAACAAAGCGAAUUCAGAGAAAGAGCUUUUAGUUGCAAUAAAAGAUCUUUUGAAGAAGAGCGGCCAUUUGAAUAAGUUGCAAGCCGAGAUGCGUGCUAAGGUCACCGAGGUGCUACAAGAGAAACAACUUUCCUCUCACGAUGACAAAAACGCCGACGUUCCCAUAGCGACCGACGAAGUUUUGCUAGUUAACGAACUAGUUCGGGAAUAUCUAGAGUGGAACGGGUAUUUGUAUACAGCCUCUGUUCUGGCAUCAGAAGCUGCUUUGCCGAAGGAUAAAAAAUGUAGAACUGACUUGUGCACAGAAGUCGGUGUCAGGGAUGACGAGAAGUCAGCAGCAUUGCCUUUACUCUCCAACAUUGUGGCUGCUUACACUGAACGGAUUAAACGUAAAAUCAAUAGGAGCAGAAAGGAUUAA